AUUUGUGUUGUUGUGCUUUUGCUUCCUUCCUUUUUCCUCAUUCUCUCUUCUUCUUCCUUUCUCCUCCACAAAGCGGUAGGUUUCUCUCUUCCUCAAUCGUCUCCCCACUAGGCACAUUGUUGAGAGCAGAGAAAGUCUCGUGAGUUCUCUUCUCCUGAGUGUAACUGUGGUUAAAGCUUUAGCCAAGAUGCAGGGGGAGAGGGCCAGUCUUGGCUAUUUAUCAGAAGCCUUGAACUUUGAGCAUGGUUCUUCUUCGAGUAAUGGUGUGAUAGAUCAUUGGGAGAAUAUUCACAGUCUUGGUGAUAAUGACUUGCAGGAUUACAUGAUUGCAAAUUCUGAAUCAAAUACUUCGCUUGCAAACUCAGUUUAUUGCGAGCAACAGGGUUUACGCAGAUUUAGCCUCGGUGAGGCUAGCUCUAGUGGCACGAAGGAUGAAGCUUCCAGUCACAAUGAGCAACGAAUGGAAACUAGAUGCUUUGACGGACGGAGAAAUGAAAUAAUUGAUUUAGACCCAGUGUUUGCGCAGCCAUCCGGCACAAAUCAACCUGUUCAGAAUGUCAAUCUGAAUGCGGAAUAUAUAGAAAUUCACGAGGAUAUUAAUACAUAUAGGGGUCGGUCUGGCUUCUUAGAAGCUAAUGGACCAGGGACCAGGGUUUCACAACCUGGCCGAUCUUUUGAAGAGACCAGUGUUGGAACAGGUUCUUCUGUAGAGGGACGACGUGCAUCCUGCAAGAGAAAAGCUCUUGAAGGCAGUAUUGGUCAAUCUUCUUCAGGAGGUUAUCGUGAUUUCCAGCGUGGAGAAAGCAGUUCAUGGACCCCAGGUUCUACGGUUUAUAGGCCAGGAAAUGGUUUAAACAUAUCUAGCUCCCUUGACAAUGGACCAAGAGGACUGGUCUCCGGUACCGUACCAAAUUUUCCUGUUUCUGCCAUUGCAGAGAGCUCCAGUAGAAAUAUAUGCGUCAGGAGUAAUCCCUCAGAUCAUCAAGAAACUGUAAACCCAGCUACCUUUUCUGCGGGAACUGUUGUCAGGCGACCUGUCCCUCCAUCCCAGUUGAACUUAUCAAGAGUCUUACCAGCAGAUCAUCAUUCAUUGGACUUGAGACCUGGACAGUCUUUUGUCUUUUCUCGUACCCCAAAUGCUACUGCUGUGAGCAUACCACCUGUUUCAAGGACUAUGCUACCACCAUUUCAGUGGACUGAGGGAUCACUAGCGGGUGGAACAUCGAACUCUACUGCGCCCGUUGAGAGAAAUCUUCAUCUAGAUGAAACCAGGUCAAGAAGCAUACCUGGGAAUACUUUAGAGAUUCCCAUGUUUGCAGCUCCUGAACUCGGAAAUUUUGCCCGUAGUCAGAGUAGCAGAAAUGUGACAAAUGGAAACCUGAAUAUUGCAUCAUCAGUGUCCAGGACAGGCUCAACAACAAGUGUUCCACCACCACCAUCUUCUAAUCUAGCGUGGACUUCUUACCAGAAUUCACCACAUUAUCAAAGAAGAAGGACUGAGAGGUCUGAACUUGUUCGUAGGUCCUUGCUUUCAUCCCUUGCAGGAGAUGCUACAAACCAGAGAUCAAGUGAUCAUCCUACUCUUCGUUCGGUGGCCCCUCCUGCCUCUUCGGAUGGGCUUGUGCUUCAGCCUGGUGGUGAUAAUAGUCAGAUGCAUAAUCGGGCUUACUCGAGAGCAGGUCCGUGGUUUGAUAGGCAAGGGGAUAGUGUGGUUGGUAUUCCUCAUUCUUUGCGGGCCUUGGCAGCUGCAAGCAGAGGAAGAAGCAGACUUAUGGUGUCCCAGAUGCAGAAUGUCUUGGAUGUCAUGCGUAGGGAGGGUAAUAAUAACUUGCGGCUUGAGGACGUUAUGCUUCUAAAUCAGUCAGUUUUGUUUGAUGGGGCUGCUGGUAUUCAUGACCGGUAUAGAGACAUGCGGCUUGAUGUGGACAACAUGUCAUAUGAGGAAUUGUUGGCACUAGAAGAGCGGAUUGGAGAUGUAUGUACCGGUGUAAACGAGGAAACCAUAUCAAACCGGUUAAAGCAACGAAAAUACAAAAGCAACACAAAAUCUCCACAAGAUACAGAGCCAUGCUGUAUUUGUCAGGAGGAAUACAAUGAAGGAGAAGACAUGGGGACACUAGAAUGUGGGCACGAAUUCCAUAGCCAUUGCAUAAAAGAAUGGCUGAAACAGAAGAAUCUUUGUCCAAUCUGCAAGACCACAGGAUUGAACACCGCGAAGAAGCGGAGGAUAGGAUGAUGAUUUCUCAAAAGAGCUUUUUUUUUUUUAACAAUUCAUUUUAUAAUCAAAAAUGAAAGAAACA